GCGGGGCUGCAGGGGGCCCAAGAAGGACGGCGGCCAUCUUGCACGGAGCCAGAGUCGGACUCUAAGCCUGCGACCUACAGCGCUAGAGAGUCCCUAUCCCUGCUCUUCUGCGGCCGAUCGUCACCGCAGCCCCACGAAAGCCUUUGUCCAUCGUCUCUCUGCACCCGGCCUCGGUCCGACUCUCCGAUCCUCUGCCCGGCCCGGUCAGGCCUCGCUACGGGGUCACGCGCGGCCGCCCCGAGGACGAUGAACGGAGGAUAAAUGGUGCCUAAGGCAGACAGCGGUGCCUUCUUGCUGCUCUUUCUGCUCGUGCUCACCGUCACCGAGCCGCUGCGGCCAGAGCUCCGGUGUAACCCUGGGCAGUUUGCCUGUCGCAGUGGUGCCAUCCAGUGCAUCCCCCUCUCUUGGCACUGUGACGGCUUGCCGACUUGCGAGGAUGAGAGCGAUGAAGCCAACUGUCCAGAAGUAACCAGGGAGUCACGGCCUUACCAUGGGAAGGAGUCUGUGGACCUGCGACAGGGGCGAGCCAGAGGUGGUGACCCUACACACUUCCAUGCGGUGAACGUGGCACAGCCUGUCCGCUUCAGCAGUUUCCUAGGGAAGUGCCCGACAGGAUGGCACCACUAUGAAGCCAGCUGCUACCGCGUCUACCUGAGUGGGGAGAACUACUGGGAUGCUGCACAGACCUGCCAGCGUGUGAAUGGCUCCCUUGCUACCUUCUCUACUGACCAGGAGCUGCGCUUUGUCCUAGCCCAGGAAUGGGAUCAGCCCGAACUGGUCCCAUUUGGUUGGAAGGACCAGCGCAAGCUGUGGGUUGGCUAUCAGUAUGUUGUUACUGCCCGGAAUCCUUCCUUAGAGGGUCGAUGGGAGGUAGCAUUCAAAGGCUCCUCGGAGGUGUUCCUGCCCCCAGACCCCAUCUUCGCAUCGGCCAUGUCUGAGAACGACAAUGUGUACUGCGCCCAGCUGCAGUGCUUCCACUUCCCAACACUGCGGCACCAUGACCUCCACAGCUGGCACGCCGAGAGCUGCUACGAGAAGUCCUCGUUUCUGUGUAAAAGAAGUCAAACAUGUGUCGACAUCAAGGACAACGUGGUGGAUGAAGGCUUCUACUUCACCCCUAAAGGGGAUGAUCCAUGCUUGAGCUGUACCUGCCAUGGAGGGGAGCCUGAGAUGUGUGUGGCUGCCCUCUGUGAGGGUCCCCAGGGCUGUCAGCAGUACCGCAAGGAGCCUAAGGAGUGCUGCAAGUUCAUGUGUCUGGACCCAGAUGGCAACAACCUGUUUGACUCCAUGGCCAGUGGUAUGCGAUUGGUGGUCAGCUGCAUCUCAUCCUUCCUCAUCCUCUCGCUGCUGCUUUUCAUGGUCCACCGGCUUCGCCAGAGGCGUCGAGAACGCAUUGAGUCCCUGAUUGGAGCAAACUUGCACCACUUCAACCUUGGCCGGAGGAUCCCUGGUUUUGAUUAUGGUCCAGACAGGUUCGGCACAGGCCUCACCCCACUCCAUCUUUCUGAUGAUGGGGAAGGUGGGACUUUCCACUUCCACGACCCUCCGCCUCCCUACACAGCUUACAAGUACCCAGAUAUCGACCAGCCUGAUGACCCACCACCACCCUAUGAGGCCUCCAUCAACCCGGACAGUGUGUUCUACGAUCCUGCAGAUGACGAUGCCUUUGAUCCUGCAGAGGCUAGCCCACCAAACCCUGGGGAUGGUUGCAGUGAAGGUGCAUUGCCUCAGUGCCUGGAACAGCCUCUGCCCACUUCAGGGGCCUCCCUGGCAGACCUGGAAGACUCUGCAGACAGCAGCAGUGUCCUGCUUGUGCCCCCUGAUCCUACCCAGAGUGGGAACAUCCCAGCCGCAGAGGCACCACCAGGAGGUGGCCGCCCCAGUCGUGGCUCCCUGAAUACUGUGGUAUAGACCGCCCAGCCCAUCACUCCAUUGGGCUGAGAGUACCUGUUUGCUGUCGAGAAGACACUAGUCCCUGUGGGACACUUGAAGGGGCCCAGCUGCAACCUGGACCCUGCUCCACUGCUGCACACCCACCAGCUGGUGUGCGUGUAUAUAGAGACCGCAGCUGCCUCUCACCAAGGGGCAAACACCCGCACCAAGUUUCCUUGAGGGCUUCACAGACAUGUGUAGCUUUGGGUCAGUGUCUUUUUUUAAAUGGCAGAAGAAUGAUGGUAUGUGUCCACACCACACAGUUUCAGGAGGAGGGAAAAGCAAUCACUAUGGGAACAGAAAGCCGGGGCGAGAGGCUGGUGCCACCUGUGCACAGGCAGCACUGUUGAGGCAGUGGGUAUGCUCCCAGGGAGACAGCCUUGGAUGUGCUGCAUUGGCUGUUAUGGGAGUGGGCACUCCAGGUCCAACUGUGAAUGUCAAAGACUAAGGCCCUGAAAAGGUUGAAAACUUUUAUCUUUCACAGAGCCCAGCCCUCCCAUCUCUCCCAACAUAGUUGUACAUGGCUCUCCCACUUGUAGGCUCUGGACCUCCACUGAAAUGUGGGACUAAACUGGUACCUUUCCCCACCUCCUAUUGAAUGGCCCCUGGGUCUGGUGCCCCAUCCCACCUUUGUGCCAUAAAGGGUUGUUUCCUUCAGGAGAGGGGUGGUUGAACCGAACAUCCCAGGCUGUGUUCGUCUCCUGAAGUUCACUUCUUGCACCACUGCCACCACUAGAGCCCAGUACCUGGUGGCUGCAUGCACGCUUCCUUCCCUCAGUAGCCUUGGGUGCUUGGGAGCCUUUUGCUUGAGGGUCCCUGAGGCCUGACAGGGACAGUGGUCUUGUCUCCUGACACGGGCCUUUACCAUUUCUGAGGUUUGGAGAUGAAGCGGGUUCUGUGCGAUUUUUAGCACAUCCAUAUCUUUUCUAUGUUGAAUGUCUGGAUCGUGUGUGUGUGUGUGUGUGUGUGUGUGUGUGUGUGUGUGUGUGUAUCUGUCUGUCUAGACCUUUGUAUAUGUGUUUGUGUGUGUCUGUGUCUGUCUGUCUGUGCAUAUCUGUAUGUGGCCAAAUGUUUGCAGUUUCAUAGGAACUCAGAGUGGGGUGGGGCUCUGCUGCCCCAGGUCUGACAUUUCUUGGUCAUGGGCUGUGCGAGGAUGAACAGUGCCUAAGAGCCUGCCCUUAGCCCAUAGUCCUUGCAUGGAAGAGCCUUACCCCACUAAGGAAAAUCAAUGGGGAGGAGUCAUUGACACAUUUGGUUCUGCAGAGCUCAACCCAGUUAUAGGCUCUUUGUAAAAGGAUCUUGUUGCUCAGCCAAGAACUAAUGACCAAGAGUUGACUGGAGGUAUGUUUUUGUCAUUAAAAAGCCUGUCCCUGGGCUCGGCCCACAGGAGCCACAUGCUGUAGUUGAUGCUUCCCUUACCAAAGGGCUGCUGCUUAGGACAUUAUGGUCACAAGGCCCUCAUAUCCACCAGAAGACAAAUCCAGCCUCUGUGCUGGUUGUGGAAGACCCAUGAGGGUUUUCAGGACCACUCCAGCAAAGACCCACAGGGACUCCCCUCCAGCAACUGAAAGGGCCUUCCCAGGCCUCAGGCAGGGCAUUUGGCACAGUGUGUGGGGGGCUGAGGAGCUUGUUCUGGGGACCUAAGGACUGUUAACUCAGCAGGUUAGGGGGGCAGUAAGGAAGAGAGUGACCCAAAGUGGGUUGUAGGGACUGUAGUGGUGUGCUUGCUUCAGGACUGGUAAGAAUAUUCACUCGGGGUUGCCAGUGGGUCUUUUCAGCUGGAAAAACAUUAGAAUAUCGAGGUCUGGCACCAGAUGCCCAGCCCAUUGCCAUUGUGAGGCUGGCAGAAGGCCUGUGUGCAGGCUGCUCAGACCCCCACCUGCUGUGGCUCCAGGAGCUGUGCUGUGCUGGAGGCAGCUGCCAGGGAGGUGAGAGCUGGGAUCUUCCCAUCUGUUCUUACCUGUCCUCUGCCACCUCCGUGCGAUCUGGUUGUCCUCUGAGGUCUUAUAAAGAGGAGUCUUGAAGCUGGUGUUGCUGAGAUGUGUUCCUAUGGGAGAUGUGCCCCUGCUCACCCCACAUUCUAGGACCCAAAGGGACCGUCUAGCUCCUGGGAGGAACUCCUCCCCCAGGGCUGCCUUGGCACUCUGAGGCCAGGUGACCUGCCUUGUGGAGGUGGAAUUUGAUACUGUACAUUGUCUCAAUGCCUGUUUUUACUUUUCCUUUCACUAAGGGUUUUAGUUUGGGUGUACUUUUCGUCUGGUUGGCACUAAUCCUUUUCUUAAGAUGCUGUGAGAAUCAUUUCAUCCAAAUGCCAAAUAAACUUGUGUUCUGGAA